AUGUUGCAAGAAAUGUGGAAUGCUCCCCCAGGUUUCAGACCCUCCAAAUCUGCACCUUCUUCUCCGGCAAAGCCUCUUGGGGUUCUAAGAACUCGCUCUGAAUCCUUCCAUGUGACACACAAGGUCCCAGUUGGUGAUACACCUUAUGUCAGAGCAAAAAAUGUUCAGUUAGUGGAUAAGGACCCGGAGAGAGCAAUUCCACUGUUUUGGGCAGCCAUUAAUGCGGGCGACAGAGUGGACAGUGCUUUGAAAGAUAUGGCUAUUGUGAUGAAGCAGCAGAAUAGGGCUGAAGAAGCCAUUGAAGCAAUUAAGUCACUUAGAAGUAGAUGUUCAGAUCAAGCCCAAGAGUCCCUUGAUAAUAUCCUAUUGGAUCUUUACAAGAGGUGUGGGAGACUUGAUGACCAAAUUACUCUCUUGAAGCACAAGCUGUAUUUGAUUCAACAAGGUUUGGCUUUCAAUGGCAAGCGCACAAAGACUGCCAGAUCUCAAGGAAAGAAGUUUCAAGUCUCUGUGGAGCAAGAAGCCACUAGAUUGCUGGGAAACUUGGGAUGGGCACUGAUGCAGCAGAACAACUACAUGGAAGCCGAAGAAGCGUACCGGCGCGCGCUUUCAAUAGCUCCAGACAACAAUAAAAUGUGCAAUUUGGGCAUUUGCUUGAUGAAGCAAGGGAGAAUUGGUGAGGCAAAAGAAACACUGUACCGGGUGAAACCUGCAGUUAUUGAUGGCCCUAGAGGCUCAGAUUCUCAUCUUAAAGCCUAUGAAAGGGCACAGCAAAUGCUCAAAGACCUUGAGUCCGAGAUGAUGAAUAAAGGAGGGGAUAGGCUUGAACAAAGCAGGCUCUUUGAAGCUUUUCUUGGUUCUUCAUCAAUUUGGCAACCUCAGCCUUGCAAGGACCAAACAUGCUUUACAGCAACAAAUUCAGCCAAAACCCAUGAUGAGUUUGCAGAUGAGAACAUCAAUUCCAACAUAAUGGCACCACCACCACCACCACAACAUAAAGGUAGCAAACAAGUUGCGAUGUUGGGGAACUCACUCAAUGUUGCAGCUCCACCGUUUUAUGCAUCAAAAUCAUCCAUGUUAAGAGAACCAAUGGAGAAUCAGUUCUCAGAGACCCUUAAGAGAACAAGGUCUGGAAAUGCCGCAGGGUCCAUGAGAGUGAAUAAUGAUGUAGGGGAGAUCCACAAAUUGCAUGCGGAGUUGGGGGUGCCAGAGAACAACAAAACAAGAAGGCUCUCAUCAGAGGAUGCUGAAAAGAACAAGUUCACAGAUUUGUUACCUGACAACGAGGACUUUGAAGAGGCCAUUCUAGCUGCAAUUCUGGGACCCUCAAAUGAAUCAGAUAAAACCGCCGCCGCCACCGCCACCUCUGGAAUUUUUCAGAGGAAAACUGAUAAGAGGCUUAAGGUUUUUCAAGAUAUUACCUUAUCUUUGAGUCCAAGGGCCUGA